AUGGGUCGCAGAGCAAAGAACAAGCAGGCACCGCCUCAACCUCUGCGCGAGGAUCGCACGCCUUCCUCCGCCGCCAACAAGGGCAAGCGCAAGGCUCAAGAGUCGAGCGUCCCUGCUAAGAAGCAGAAGGUCGCAUCAAGAGAAGCGCUUGGCUCAAGCCGUCCAUCAUCAUCUUCUUCAGCAGCAGCAGCAGGAUCAAGGACAGCAAAGGGCUCGGGCUCGAAGGCGAGCGUCAACGGCAAGGCCAAGGCUUCUGCUGUUCCUGUUGAAGAGGAUGAGGAGGAGGAGCUGGAGGGCGAUGAUGACGAAGAUGACGACGAGGACGGCGAUGAAGAGGCAGGCGAAGAGGAGGACCCAUUCGAGGCCCUCGGCCUGCCGAAGAACGGCAAGCUCACAGAGAGGCAGCGCAAGAAGGCGCUCGCAGAAGCUGAACGUCUCGAAGAGCUCCUCAAGAGUCAAGGUCUCUCGCUCGACUCUGAUGACGAGCAAGACGAGGACGACGACGAGGAUGCCGAGGAUUUGGACGAUGAAGAGGAUGGCUCUGAGCAAGAGCUUGGUGACGAAUUCGAUCUCGGCGAGGACGACGACCUCGAAGGUGAGGAGGGCGGCGAGGUUGAGCUCGAUGACGAGGACCUCGAAGCUGCUGAAGAAGACGACGAGGAUGAAGACGAGGACGAGGAAGAAGGUGAAGGCGCCGAGUUCAUGCUUCCUACCUUGGAAGAGCGUGAAGCCGAAAAGUCACGCGGCGCCGACUUGCAGCUUGUGCACAUGCGUAUUCAGGAAAUCGUCACCGUCUUGUCGAACUUUAAGAAACUCGCCGUCGACGGACGUUCUCGCUCCGAAUACGUCGAGCAGCUCCUUGCCGACAUUUGCACCUACUACGGUUACAACGCCUUCCUCGCCGAGAAGCUCUUCGAGCUCUUUACUCCCGCCGAAGCCAUCGAAUUUUUCGAGGCCAACGAAACCCCGCGCCCCGUCACUAUCCGAGCCAACACGCUGCGCACGCGUCGCCGAGACCUUGCACAGGCGCUCAUCAACCGCGGUGUUAACUUGGAGCCCAUCGGUGCCUGGAGCAAAGUCGGACUGCAGGUAUUCGAGUCGAGCGUGCCCAUCGGUGCUACGCCCGAAUACCUCGCGGGCCACUACAUGCUGCAAGCCGCCUCGAGUUUCUUGCCGUGCAUCGCGUUGGCACCGCAACCCAACGAGCGCGUGCUUGACAUGGCCUCGGCUCCCGGUGGCAAGUCGACUUACUUGUCCGCACUCAUGCAGAACACGGGCACCGUCUUUGCCAACGACUCGAACAAGAACCGCAUCAAGUCGCUCGUCGCCAACAUCCACCGUCUCGGCUGCAAGAACGUCGUCGUGUGCAACUACGACGGGCGUCAGUUCCCCAAAGUCAUCGGCGGAUUUGAUAGGGUGUUGCUCGACUCGCCCUGUUCGGGCACGGGGGUGAUCCACAAGGACCAAUCGGUCAAAGUCAACAAGUCGGAGCGUGAUUUCGCGCUGUUGACGCAUUUGCAGAAGCAGCUGCUGCUGUGCGCCAUCGACUCGGUCAACCCGCGCUCGAGCACGGGUGGCUAUGUCGUCUACUCGACGUGCUCUGUCAUGGUCGAGGAGAACGAAGAGGUGGUCCAGUACGCGCUGCGCAAGAGGAGCAACGUCAAGAUCGUCGACACGGGCAUCCAGUUCGGCCGCGACGGAUUCAAGUCGUUCGGGCGUGCCAAGUUCGACGAGCGCAUGGUGUACGCCCGACGCAUCUUCCCGCACGUGCACAACUUGGACGGCUUCUUCGUGUGCAAGCUCAAGGUCAACCCGCCCUCGAACAAUGCGCACAGCAAGAACGAGGCCACCAACAAGACCUCUGCCGCUGCCGCUAGGGUCAAUGACCAAGAUGACGACGACAGCGAGGAGCGCGAGCCUGCUCAAGGCGCAGACGACGGCCUGGUGUCGCUCGACAAUCCGGAAGACCAGAAACUCAUGCAGAAGAGCCUCAAAAAGGCAAAGUCUCGUCGCUGA